AAUCGCGCGUUAGUAGGCGGGACGGAAAGCGAAUCUUGAGAAAAUGGCGACCGUCGUUGUUUUGCCGCAGGCUCAGUGAAGAACCCGAAUUUUGUUGGCCAAAAUUCUGCGGUCGCGCGCAGAAUUGCUGCAACCGAAACCUCCCAGGCGCCCCAGGGUGGUCUGCGCGUGGACCGAAAUGAAAGGUAAAGAGCGGUCGCCGCUGAAAAAACGCUCGCGGGCCUUGGACGACAUUCGCGAUCGGGGAGGAUGCCACCCGAGCAGCAAGAAAAUGGGUCCGCUGUCGCUGUCCGGCGGGAGUAACAAUAACGGCAAGAGCGACGGCGGCUCGACGAGGAGGAGCCUGCUCGGCGACAAACGGGACCGAGACUUCGAGGGCCACGGUCGGCUCGCCAACAACCACGGCUGCCAGCCCGGCGCCGUCGGCCCCGCCAGCAAGAACCACGGCAGCCUGAGCCUCUCGCUGGAUUUGGCCGCGGCGAGAAGCACGUCGCGCGGGGACCAGAGGCUGCCCGCUCUGGGCGCCGAGGCCGAGUACAAAACCCUGAAAAUCAGCGACCUGGGCAGCCAGCUGAGCGACGAGGACGUGGAGGACGGGCUCUUUCACGAAUUCAAAAAAUUCGGCGACGUGAGCGUCAAGCUGAGCCGCAGCAACGACGAGCGGAUCGCCUUCGUCAACUUUCGGAAGCCGGAGGACGCCCGGGCCGCCAAGCACGCCAGGGGCCGCCUGGUGCUUUACGACAGGCCGCUGAAAAUCGAGGCGGUGUACAUUAACCGCAGGAGGAGCCGCUCGCCGGUCGAGAGAGACCUCUACGGCGCCGCCGCGCCGAGCCACAGACACUUGCAGAGGACCCUGUCGCCCAGCGCCCUGGGCUACAGGGACUACCGGCUGCAGCAGCUGGCCUUGGGUCGGCUGCCCCCUCCGCCGCCGCCGCCCCUGCCCCGCGAGCUGGAGCGGGAGCGGGACUUCGCCCUGUUCGACGCCCGGGCCCGGCCGGCCUUCAUCGCCGAGCGGGCCGCCUUCCGCGAGGAGGAUUUUAUAUCGCCCGAGGACGACCAAAGAGCUAACCGCACCUUGUUUCUGGGCAACCUGGACACGGAGGUGACGGAGGCUGACCUGCGCAGAGCCUUCAACAGGUUUGGCGUCAUCACGGAGGUGGACAUCAAGAGGCCCAUGCGGGACCAGACCAGCACGUACGGCUUUUUGAAAUUUGAGAACCUGGACAUGGCGCACCGCGCUAAGCUCAGCAUGUCCGGCAAAAUAGUGGGCUGCAACCCCAUCAAGAUAGGCUACGGAAAAGCCACGCCCACCACGCGGCUGUGGGUGGGGGGGCUGGGCCACUGGGUGCCCUUGGCCGCCCUCGCCAGGGAAUUUGACCGCUUCGGCACCAUCAGGACGAUAGACUACAGGAAGGGGGACACCUGGGCCUACAUUCAAUACGAAAGUCUGGACGCCGCGCAGGCGGCUUGCACGAACAUGCGGGGCUUCCCCCUGGGGGGGCCCGAGAGGAGACUCCGGGUGGACUUUGCCGACACGGAGCAUCGUUACCAGCAGCAGUUUUUGCAACCCCUCCCACUCGCCCCCUUCGACAUGGUGGCCGAGUCGUUCGUCCACCGCGCGGCGCCGGAGCCUCUCAGGGUCCGAGACCGGACUCCCCCGCCGCUUCACUUCAGGGACAGGGAGCUCUUCGCCGGCGCCGAGUGGCCCAAUCCGCCGGCUCUCCGGGAGCGGGUGCGGGCCUCGCCCUUCGAGCCCCUGGAACACUUGGAACGCGAGCGGCGGGCGCGCGAGCCCUGGUCCCUGGAGCGGGAGCUGCACGGGCGGGAGCCCGCGCGCAAGCGGCGCCUCGCCGAGGACGGCCGGCACCUGGACCACUCGCCCGACACCUCUGACAGGACAGUAAGGCGUCGGCGGCCCUCUCCGGACGGCAGCCCCGGAGGCAGCAGCAGGGACGGGGGCCGAUUCAGCGAUUCGGAGCGGCCCCCGCGAGGCGACAGGCCCUCGCCCGCGCGCGAGCGCCACGCUAGCCUGGAGCGCGGCGGGACCGAGCGGAGACUCAAGGGGCCGUCGGGCGGCGGCGGCGGCGCUUUGCCGGCCGCGGAACGUAAACGCAAAUCCGGCGACGGGGGCAAAGGGACGGCAAAGCGGGAGCGCUCGGAGGGGUCCUCCAGAGGCGGGGCCAAAUCGGACGGCGCCAAGCCGACGCUGGCCUGGCAGGGGGCGCUCCUCCUGAAAAACAGCAACUUCCCGGCCAACAUGCACCUGCUGCAGGGCGACGGCGGCGUCGCCAGCGAGCUGCUGGCCCACGGGACCACCGGCAAGCAGGUGGGCCAGCUCAAGAUCACGCAGCGCCUGCGCCUGGACCAGCCCAAGCUGGAGGAGGUCUCCCGCCGCAUCAAGGCGGCGGGCCCCGGGGGCUACGCCGUCCUCCUGGCCGUUCCCGGCGCCGCCGAGGACUCGUCGUCCGACUCCACCCAGCGGCCCCUCCGCAACCUGGUGUCCUACCUCAACCAAAAGCAGGCGGCGGGCGUCAUCGGCCUGCCCGUGGGCGGCAGCCGCGAUAAGGACACCGCGGGGGGGGUCCUCCAUGCUUUCCCUCCCUGCGAUUUCUCCCAGCAGUUCCUGGAUUCCUCUGCCAAAGCUCUGGCCAAAAGUGAAGAGGACUACCUGGUCAUGAUUGUGGUGCGGGGCGCAUCUUAAAACAAACGGCUGGGGAAAGGGUGGGG